AUGGUCUUCGCUGCCAAUCAAGUGCGUGCCUGGAUACAGUCUGGACAACCGCUGUCCCAUCGAGGUGAUAUGCUCGUAGGCCAUUCCCUCGUAGAUGAAGUCCUUGUCUCGCAGGGAGUCGGGGAAUCCAGAUCCAACAAACGCAAUACGGAAAUACGUCGACUCAACACGAUCCACGGUCUGCAACGCUUUGUAAAUCAUAGCCAGCUCGCCAUGACAAUGACUCAGUCCCAUCAGAUCGAAAUUGUAGUUGUAGUACGAGUCAAGCAGCUCUUGCCUGUCUCUUUGUGGAAGAUUUCGUACAAAGAAAGAAUGCAUGAUCUCCGAAGUUCCUCAAAAUUCUUCUUGUUGGACCAUUCGGCCACAAUCAUCGACCAGACCAUGUUGACUCCAACCUCCAAACACUUGUCAUUGCGCUGCAAACACAACAAAAGAAUCUGUUGCACAAGACUAUACUCAGAGCUGACAAUGAACAACGGUUGGAAACCAUUGUAUUUACCAACACCGAAUCUGUUGAACUCCGACAUUGAUGCCUGCUGUCCCAAGUUUCCCCAAAUUGUUUCCAGUAAGGUAGCCGUUCGUGUACGAAUAUCCCCUGUUAGCAGGAAACAGCAUUUCCGUGGGAUAUCAAACAGAUGCUCCAAUGAUGACGUUUGUGCAAUACCGCAGUGA